GUGGUUGUUAGGCCGGUUGGACGGACUGACGAAUUCUCUAAAAUUACUUAGGAGGUAUCUUGUGGUAUGAGAAAUUAACAUUCAGUUCUCUGGCAACAGCUCUGGUGGACAUUCCGGCGUCAGCAUACCAAUUGCACGCUCAACUUGAGACAUUUGUGGCAUUGUGUUGAGUGACAAGCAUUCUAGUGGCCUUCUAUUGUCCCCAGCACAAGGUGCACCUGUAAUGAUCAUGUUGUUUAAUUAGCUUGUUGCUAUGCCACACCUGUAAGGUGGAUUGAUUAUCUUGAGAAAUGAGAAAUGCUCACUAACAGGGGUGUAACAAAUUUGUGCACAAAAUUUGAGAAGUUUUUUGUGCGUAUGGGACAUUUCUGGGAUCUUUUAUUUCGGCUCAUUAAUAACAUAUGACCAACAGUUUACAUGUUGCGUUUUAUAUUUUUGUUCAGUGUAAUAUAUCUUCAGGAAAAGGACUGUGCCAUUAUUGUCCUUAUUGCAAUUAGGCUCAGUUGUGAGUUAAUCCUGUAAAAGCUUGUUCUUGUAAUGGCCACUUAUGUUCAUAUGCUCAGAGAUAGCACUAUGUCAUUGAGCCAAAAUGUGACCAGAGAUUUUGUAAUGUUGAACAGUUGUCCCUUCUAUAGGCUUUAGCUUUGACCUUAGCUUUGAUUUUUGAAGGGGAUAGAAAUGGAAUAGUGGCAGUCCAUUUUAAUUCAACUGGAGCCUUUAAUUUGCUAAUGAACCAUUCAUUUGCUAAUGUUUUGAUAUGUGCUUAAAGGCUGUUGGUUUACUGUCCCUGAGGCAUUGAAUACCAAGCAGCACGUUGAACUCUUUUGCAAAGUACAAAAAAAGCAAACAAAUAAAGGAUUGAACUUGAGCCAAGGGAGUCCCAAUACCUCCCACAUUCAGUGAGGUGUCUAAUUAGUCACAGGAUGCUGCACAAGAAGCAAAAAGCCUCAUCCUGCACACACAGUUUACUGCUGAACCUAGCAAAAAGAGCCUUUCUGUUCCAGGCCUUGGCAAGGUAUAGCAUGCAGAUAGAUAAUGCAAUGGUGGAAUCUAUGGCUCUGACAUGCAACGUUACUGCUUACGCAGGGACUAUUUUGGCAUGGUUGAGGACCAAAAGCUUGCAGGGCUGAGAGGGAAUGAGGGGGGUGAGGUGUGUGCAUGUGCACAUGCAGUCAUGUAUGUGUUUGCCAACAAAAUGCAUUUGUUGGUACACACCCCACCAGAUGAAAUGCAAAGUGAUGUAGGCCUGGGAGUUAAAGUGCCUUAGGCAGCACCAAACCUCUCAGGAUUUAAUGCUUGGCAGGGUUGAUGUUUUGUAACUGGCAGCUGUGCAAUUAAAUCUUCAUAGAGAUGGAUGUUAAUUGAUAAACACUCUUCACUUUUUGAUAACCCCUUUACCUGACCAUGUUUCUGACUGAGCUGGAUUUACCAAAAUAACUCCGCACAAUUAAAUACAUUUACAACUGAGUGCAAGAUUACACGAAAAUAGGCAGAAAGCCAAUCACUGAUUAAACCCCCUCAAAAAACUCUGUUUUUCUCAUCUGAAUUACCAAUUCAGUAACAUGAAUAGAGGAAGCAUGUACAGGCUUUAAGCUCUGUCUGUGUUUUAUACUGCUUUUGAUGGAGGAAAAAACAACAAUGUAAAUCGAAUACAAAAGCCCUUUUUUAUCUGAUAAGCCAUUUUAAUCUGACCUCCCACAGGAGAGUGCAGCCUACCAUCCCAUGCCUUCCCCAACCCAAGGCCCCUAUGAGAGAGGCCUUUAAAGAGGAGGGGAUUUGACCAAACAAUCCAGCUCUGUAAGUCGGGAUGGAGGGUGGACAGGGAGCAGGGUCGUGCUCCAGCCAGGCUGUGGAGGCUGAGUACCCCGCCCAGGGGACAACUUCUCCAGCCAGGGGAGGAGGGGAUGCAGGGCUGGGCUCUUGCAAGCACAACGGACUGAUCAAUACCCACAGUUUGAUGGUGGAGACUAAGGAAGGGCUGGUGUCAGUGUACUCGGGGUCACAAUACCAGGGUCACAUGGUGGUCAACCUAUCCCCCCAGCAGGAGCAGAAUGGCCAGGGAGUGGGCGGAGGAGGGGGACACCCACAGCUGCUCAACCCCAGCGCUCUGCCCCAGGGCAUGGACCCAUGCUUCAGGCCCGACCUGAUCCUGUACUCUGAGAACACGCUGCGGGCCUGGGGGGAUGGAGGAGUCGGGGAUUGCUGUGAGACCACCUUCAUAGAGGACUUGGCAUCCGGUUCCUCUGCCGCCUCCAAGGAUACGCUGAUGUUUGCCGAUGGCAAGUUCCUGGACAUGUCUGUGGAGGAUGCAAAGAUCCAGACCCUGUCCUAUGACGAUGAUGAGUUCCAGGACCUGGAGAGCGAGUACUCGAGCGACUCAGAGAGUGAAGACAAUUUUCUCAUGAUGCCACCGAGGGACCACUUGGGCCUGAGCGUCUUCUCCAUGCUGUGUUGCUUCUGGCCCUUGGGGAUCGCUGCCUUCUACCUGUCCCAUGAGACGAACAAGGCGGUGUCUAAGGGGGACUUACACUUGGCCAGCUCCAGCUCCAGACGUGCCCUCUUCCUGGCUGUGCUGUCAAUCACCAUCGGCACAGGCAUAUAUGUGGGCGUGGCUGUAGCGCUCAUCGCAUACCUCUCCAAGAACCACCACUUGUAGCCUUGCCCUGCCCCCACUGCACUGUACUGACUGCGCUGGGGGUAUGGUUCACUUGGGGGAAUUGAACAAUGGAAUAUGGGCCUGCAAACUAUGGGACUAUCAGGAUGGACAGAACCUGGCCAUAUGGUUGACACAAUUCGUGAGCUCUAACAUGAGGUUCUUGAUACGGAUAAUGGUAUUUUAACGGUCAAGUUAUUCUCUCAUUUUCACCAAGAAAAAACGAAGACUGUUAGUCGUUCCAUUCACGACUUCUUUUUUUUUCUAGAUGUUUCAAAUUGGUUUGAGUUUUACCAAGGCAUAAAACAGCCUGUGAGAGGUCAAACCAACAUGCACUAAAUAUUACCUGUACCAAGAGCAUAUUGUACGUCUUGUUCAAUGCUCAGUUAACGGUGAGUUGUGGAUGUCCAGCUACAUUCACCACACUAACAGUCACAUUUGGCAGCUCCUGUCGUGGAUAAAAGAUGCCACUCAUCCAAACAUUCAACCUGUAUACAUUUAUUCAACGUCACAUUGAAUUGAUCCGUGGAUGUGACAUAGUGCAGCUCAACUGGAUCAUUUCUCGGUUGAAUAUUACAAAUUCUAUAAAGUAAUGUGAUGGUUUAUAUACGGUGCCUACAGAAAGUAUUCACACCGCUUGAUUACAGCCUGAAUUUAAAAUGCAUUCAAUUGAGGUUUUCAUUGCCACUGGACUACACACAAUAACCCAUAAUUUUUAUUUUACCUUUUUUUUACUAGCCAAGUCAGUUAAGAACAAAUUCUUAUUUUCAAUGACAGCCUAGGAACAGUGGGUUAACUGCCUGUUCAGGGGCAGAACAACAGAUUUUGUACCUUGUCAGCUCAGGGAUUUGAACUUGCAACCUUUCAGUUACUAGUCCAAUGCUCUAACCACUAGGCUACCCUGCCGCCCGGUCAAAGUGGAAUUGUGUUUUCGGACAUUUUUACAAAUUCAUUAAAAAAAUUACAAGCUGAAAUGUCUUCAGUCAAUAAGCAUUCUACCCCUUUUGCUAUGGCAAGCCUAAAUAAGUUGAGUAAAAAUUAUGCUCCCAUAAUAAGUUCCAUGGACUCUGUGUGCAAUAAUAGUGUUUAGCAUGAUUUUUGAAUGACUACAUCAUCUCUGUACACCACACGUAAAAUUACCUGUUUGGGGGGGGCAGACAUUGAAUAUCCCUUUGAGCAUGCUGAAGUUAUUAAUUACACUUUGGAUGGUGUGUCAAUACACCCAGUCACUACAAAGAUACAGGCCUCCUUCCUAACUCAGUUGACAGAGAGGAAGAAAACCUCUCAGGGAUUUCACCAUGAAGCCAAUGGUGACUUCAAAACAGUUAUAGAGUUUAAUGGCUGUGAUAGGAGAAAACUGAGGAUGGAUCAACAACAUUAUAGUUACUCCACAAUACUAACCUGAGUGAAAAGAAGGACGCUUGUGGGGUAUUGUGUGUAAAUGUGUGAGAAAGAAAAUCUAUUGAAUCCAUUUUGAUUUCAGGCUGUGUAGCAACAAAAUGUGGAAUAAGUCGAGGGGUAUAAAUACUUUCUGAAGGCACUGUACAUUAAAGUGACACCACACUCCAAUACAGUAUCUUGGUGGCCCUAUUAUCUCAAGGGAGAACUGAUGUUUCCUCGCAGCACAAUAUUUUUUAACACGUUUCACACCUGAAACGUGAAGCUUUUGUUGUAUCCCUACGACGACAUGCUUUUGUGUUCCGUCCGGGAUAGGAAGUGCACAGGCUGCAGCUCCCCAACAGAACCAGCAUACACAGAGAUACAGUACCUCAAUGUUGAUAGGCACAAAUAAGGGGGGGGGGGGGAAAGCAGACGGGUCCUUGGAGGCAGAAGUCAUGCUGUAAAUACCUCUAUGCUUUUUAUAGACAUACUGGAAUAGAUGUGAUACAUCAUUUUUUUUUUUGCAAUAUUUUUUUCUUCUCCUGCUGUAUACUGCUACUAUGUCAACUGUCAAUGUUUUGGAGACUCAUUGGGAGAGUCAGUGUUUGACAUAAAAGUGCUUGCAAAUUAAAUGUAGUGUUAUGUCUGA